AUGGAAAAAUCACAGGUGAACAGGUCUGAAAUCUGUUCUUGGGUUGGGAAUUGCCAAGAGGUAUGGGACUUCUCUGAUCAAGACAAUGACAUCAUGCUUUCAUUGAAUGAAUUUUGUAUUGCUCUCUUCCUCAUGGAGAGACACAGGGAAGGCCACUCUCUUCCUAAGGCACUUCCAUUUGGCAUUUUGUUUGAGGGGACACCAAUCACACCAUUGCCUUUAGCAAGUCAAGUUUGGAGACAUGCUCCAGGAUUAAUCCCUUGUGCUGUUCUAUUAGUGGGGCUUUUCUUUGUACCAGAAUCUCCUAGAUGGUUGGAUUAUAUAGAAACACUGCAAAAGCUCCCGAAGGCCAAAAUAUUCGAUUUGUUUCAGAGAAGAUAUUUGCGAUCUGUCACUAUUGGGGUUGGACUAAUGGUCUGUCAACAAUUUGGAGGAAUCAACGAAAUAUGCUUUUACACAAGUAGUAUAUUUGAGUCUGCAGGUAUGCUGAUCGAGUUGCUAAUGCUAAAUGGGAAGUUAAAGAACAUGGAAUGGAACACAACAGCUAAUGUUCAAGUCAUUACUUGCCAUCCACGCCCGGUGGACAGCAACCCAGUAUACCAGGUGGCAAACCAAUAA